CAAAGUCAAGAAACAUAAUCCUUAUAUUUUUGAAAAAAACCACACAAAAAAAAAUCCACUCUUUGAUGGUAUAAUAAUUAAUGGGAAUAAAAAUUUCAACGGCGAAAAAAAAAGGGACAACUUUAUUGUACAGCAUAUUUGCUUUUUGUACUGGGAGAAACUUUUUAACAGUUGUAAUGUAAAACAAUUUUAAAUCAAAAUUAGUAUUUUUCCAUAAAAUUUCUUUUAUAAAUAAACGCUCCAUAUCUCGUCUUGCUUCCCCGUCCCCUGUCUUCACCAAAUUCACAAACUCUUUCUUUCUCUCUCUCUCUCUCUAACACAUGAGAGAACAAAAUCAGCUCACAAUCUCAGCCGUUGAUUAUAUAGCCACCGUAGAUGGAGAACACUCAAGAUUUCUCUCCGCCGCACAUGGACGCUUCUCGGCCGUCACUGGGAUUCCCUCUCGGCACAGCUCUGCUACUCAUCAUCAUUUUCAGCCUCUCCGGAAUAUUCUCUUGCUGUUACCAUUGGGACAAACAUCGCUCUCUCCGCCGCUCUUUGGCCAAUGCCUCUGGUCAUCCCUCCGCUGCCUCCGCGGACAUAGAAUCCUCUCCGUUCAAACCUAAAACCCCUUUUCCGGAUUUGAAGAAAACCCAGAAUCUGAGUGUACCGGUGUUGAUGCCUGGAGAUAAUACGCCGAAAUUUAUAGCAUUGCCGUGUCCGUGUGCACCGCCUCGACCGGAGAAGCUCACAGUCGAUGUUCAAAGUCCGCCGCACUCGCCGCCUGUUAAGCCGCCGCGUUUUCCCGUUCCUCUGUAUUAGAUUUAAUUAGCUAUAUGGUAACAGGAAAGGAGGAAUCAAAAUGUCGAUGUCUCUCGUUUUGAUGUACAUAUGGAUCAUAAAAUUACAUUUUUAUUUUUUUCACCGAUUAUUUAAUUUGUAUUCGGUUGGUAAUACUAUGGAAUGGUUUCAUCGUGCGAGAAAAAAAAACAAAAUAAAUAGAAUGACACUGG